UUUUUUUUUUUUUUUCCUCCUUGGCUGUACAGUGUUUCCUUUCACUUCCUCACUUUUUCUGGAGUUGUAUUCAGUGUGUCAUCUUACUCAUUACAAUGGAAAACACAGCUUGUAUUUAAUGUCUGUUUCUGCUCCUGGGCAUGCACAGGGUCUUCCAUUUAUUUCCUUGCUCUGUCAUUCCCGUUUGUGAAAUGAGACAUAAUUAUCACAUUAAAUUUGACUGAGUGACAAGGAAAAAUCCAUUAACUUCUGCAUAAAAUGAUACUUCGUGUAAGGCUCAUUUUCCAGGUAGAAAGUGUGUUUAGGAGGGCUAGGAGAAAUGGGCAGCUUUUGUAACUUAGUGUGAUGCUUUUAUUAGAGAGUUCUUGUCCUUAGAGUUUCUCACUGUAUACAUACAUACAGGCAACAGACCAAGAUACCAGUUUUAUUUGAGUUUCUUGGUGGCUCUUCACAAAAUGAAUGCCAGUUCUCAUGCAUUGUACGUUGUCUCUGUAAAAGAUGGAAUACAGCCUUGGCUUGCAUGUCGACAAAACAAUUAAAAUAAACCAUAGAAUGUUAUUUCUGUGACUACUCAGGUCUGUUGGAGUAGGCUAAGGUCAAAGGAAUGGGUAGGCCUGUACCAUGACUGGCGAUACCUGGAAUGCAAGGCUUAUGGAAAAUACAUUCACUGGGUAUUUACCAGAAACUGGUAAAAUUGUGGCAUGGUUUUAGGUUCUAUUAGCAAAAGCAAGAAUAUAUCUGACCUGCAGAGUAGUCUUGGAGACAUCUUUAAGAUCUCUAGCAUGCUUCCAUGCUGAUGCUUUUCCGUUUGCAGCAAUGGAGAGGGUUUUUAUUUGUUAAGCACUCUUGAGCACAGAAGUUGCAUGAAAUCUGUUUACCAUGGAAAGCUAUGGGAUGCUGGCCCAUGAAAAGGAAUAAAUUUCCUUCUUGUUUGCUACUGGCGUGUUUUGAUAAGCAUUCACACAUUCUUAUGAGCUCACACUUAUAAAUGAGGUCCCUGCUGAGGCAGAAUAUGAUAUCUCCAAGAACUGUGGCAAAAGGUAAUGGAAUUGCUGCUGGUAAGAAGGAAGUAACACCUUCACAAGAAACAGAAAUCAAGGAGGCUGAUGAAAGAGACAUCAAAGCUCAGAAAAUGACAGAAAGCUCCCAAACUGUGUACUCGAGAGCAUGGGAAGACUGAGAGGAGCUGAUGCCAGGAACAGGAAAAGAGAAAGAAGGAGCAUUCAGCAAAAACAGCAAGGAAGAAGCUAGAAACUGAGUACGGGAGACCCUCCACUGAGCUUUAUGGUUUUCUUACAAAGUUGUUCCUUGGAAGUGGUGAAGGAGUUAAUCGUAAUGUUGAAGCAGAUUCUCUGCGCAGCAAAGUUCCAGGAGGGCCAGCCAGGGACCUGGCUUAUUGUGAACUUCCCUUGAUUCUAAAGAAUCAGCAGCACGUAGAACAAUUUUCCAGACAAAUGAAGUGGAGAAGAAAGCUCUGAGGUCUUUGCAGCGCAGACACCUAGGAGGAAGAAUCUGGCACCAAAUUCCUGUAGAACAGAGGUUGUUUACUGAAACUGGACUAUUUUGUGGAAGACAGGAUUUUUUUUACGAUAUUUACUGCCUGUUCAUCAUGUCUUCCAUUCUUGGGAAGAUGAAGAAAUUUGGCAGUUCUGACCUGGAGGAAUCUGAAGUGACAGAUGAACAUACAGAUGGGGAGGACUCUGCACUGGAAACACCUGACAGCCUCCAGGGUUCACUCAGCACCAAGGUGCAGCCACCUAAAAGCAACAUCUUUGCAAGACGUGGGCGGUUUGUGAUGGGGGAUAGUGACAAGGACAUGGCUCCCAUGGAUUCCUUCUACCAGAUGGAUCACCUGAUGGCACCUUCUGUCAUCAAAUUUCACGCAAAUUUGGAGAGAGGGAAACUUCACAAGCUCCUAUCUACAGAUUCCAUCACGGGCUGCUCUGAAAAAGCUUUCAAGUUUUAUGACCGCAGAAGGAUCUUUGAUGCUGUAGCCCAAGGCAACACAAGAGACCUGGAUGAUCUGCUACUCUAUCUUAAUAGGACCUUGAAGCAUCUCACAGAUGAUGAAUUCAAAGAACCAGAAACUGGGAAAACCUGCUUACUGAAAGCCAUGCUGAAUCUACAUGAUGGGAAAAAUGAUACCAUUCCCUUGCUGCUGGAUAUUGCAAAGAAAACUGGAACUCUGAAAGAGUUUGUUAACGCAGAGUAUACUGACAACUACUACAAGGGCCAGACUGCACUCCACAUUGCCAUUGAGCGAAGGAACAUGUACCUGGUGAAGCUCUUGGUCCAGAAUGGAGCAGAUGUUCAUGCAAGAGCCUGUGGGGAGUUCUUCAGGAAAAUCAAAGGGAAACCUGGUUUUUAUUUUGGAGAGCUGCCUCUAUCCCUGGCUGCCUGUACUAACCAGCUCUGCAUUGUGAAAUUCCUCCUUGAGAACCCAUACCAGGCUGCCAACAUUGCCGCUGAGGACUCCAUGGGCAAUAUGGUCCUGCAUACCCUGGUGGAGAUUGCAGACAAUACUAAGGAUAAUACCAAGUUUGUUACCAAGAUGUAUAAUAACAUAUUGAUCCUCGGUGCCAAAAUUAAUCCAAUCCUGAAGCUAGAAGAACUCACCAACAAGAAAGGGCUGACUCCAUUAACUCUGGCAGCUAAAACUGGGAAGAUAGGGAUUUUCGCUUACAUCCUCAGACGAGAGAUCAAAGACCCUGAGUGCAGGCACUUGUCUAGAAAGUUCACUGAAUGGGCUUAUGGGCCUGUCCACUCAUCGCUUUAUGACCUGUCCUGUAUAGACACCUGUGAGAAGAAUUCAGUGCUUGAGAUUAUUGCCUACAGCAGUGAAACGCCAAAUCGUCAUGAGAUGCUGCUGGUGGAACCCCUCAACAGGCUGCUGCAAGACAAGUGGGACCGGUUUGUCAAACACUUAUUUUACUUCAACUUCUUUGUCUAUACCAUGCAUAUCAACAUUCUCACUGCAGCUGCCUACUACAGACCUGUGGAUAAGAAAGAAAAGCCUCCCUUCACAUUUGGUCAUAGCACUGGGGAAUAUUUUCGAGUGACUGGAGAGAUCUUGAGUGUACUGGGAGGACUCUAUUUUUUUUUCAGAGGGAUACAGUACUUUGUGCAGAGGCGCCCAUCAUUGAAGACGCUGAUAGUUGACAGCUACAGUGAGGUUCUUUUCUUUGUUCACUCUUUGCUCCUCCUGAGCUCUGUGGUGCUGUACUUCUGUGGCCAGGAACUGUACGUGGCUUCCAUGGUUUUCUCCUUGGCACUGGGCUGGGCAAACAUGCUGUACUACACCCGUGGCUUCCAGCAGAUGGGCAUUUACUCUGUCAUGAUUGCAAAGAUGAUCCUUAGAGAUUUAUGUCGCUUCAUGUUUGUCUAUCUAGUAUUCCUCUUGGGAUUUUCCACAGCUGUGGUGACUUUAAUUGAAGAUGACAAUGAGGGGCAGGAUGCAAAUAUCUCUGAAUAUACCCGAUGUUGCCAUACGAAACGAGGCCGCACAUCCUACAAUAGCCUGUAUUAUACCUGCUUGGAGCUUUUCAAGUUCACUAUUGGGAUGGGAGACCUGGAGUUUACAGAGAACUACAGGUUCAAGUCUGUGUUUGUCAUCCUUUUGGUUCUCUAUGUCAUCCUUACGUAUAUCCUCCUGCUCAACAUGCUUAUCGCACUGAUGGGAGAAACUGUGAGCAAAAUUGCACAGGAGAGCAAGAGCAUCUGGAAACUCCAGAGAGCCAUCACAAUCUUGGAUAUUGAAAACAGCUACUUGAACUGUGUGAGGCGCUCGUUCCGGUCUGGAAAGCAAGUCUUGGUGGGGGUCACACCUGAUGGCCAAGAUGAUUACAGAUGGUGCUUUAGGGUUGAUGAAGUGAACUGGUCCACGUGGAAUACUAAUCUGGGCAUAAUCAACGAAGAUCCUGGAUACUCUGGGGACCUCAAAAGAAAUCCCAGUUACUCUAUUAAGCCUGGCAGAGUGUCAGGAAAAAACUGGAAAACUCUGGUUCCACUUUUAAGAGAUGGGAGCAGGAGAGAAGAGACACAAAAACUACCAGAAGAAAUCAAGUUAAAACCCAUUUUGGAACCUUAUUAUGAGCCAGAGGAUUCUGAGACAUUGAAGGAUUCUCUUCCAAAGUCAGUCUAAUUUUAUUUUGUUUUUCAGAAGGUUAAUUCUGGUUGCCUGUGCUGGUCCUCACAAAGCAGGGCAAUUAGAGCACUUCCUUCAUAAGAACAGAGAUUUAUUGAAAAAGAUCAAAGGACUAAGGAAAUGACUGUGUGCAAGGAUUCAUUAAGUAUGCUAAAUAAACUACUUGUUGUUUAAGCUCA